AUGGAUAUCAAGUCGGGAGACGAAUUCACAGAUGUUUUAGCUGAUAGCGAUUUUAUCACAGACGCAUCCGUCUCUGAAGCCCCCAAUGACUGCAAUACAGGCAAGGCGUGCGGACCGGACGGCCUUGGUAAUGAUUGGUACCGCGAUUAUGCUGCGACUUUGGUCCCUAUCCUUACGAACCUAUAUCGAAUGUGGUACGAAGCUGGUAAAGGAAAUGGGGCAAAUCCGCUAAACUAUCGACCUCUCGCAUUAUUAAACACAGACUAUAAAAUUCUAACAAGACUCCUCUCGACUAAGAUAGCCCCAACGCUGGAACGAAGAAUACAUCCGCAUCAAAACGGUUUCGUUCCUGGACGUCACAUACAUGAUACACUGGAUUUGUUUGCGGCUGCACAAGCAAUGUCAAAGUCAAUUCCUGAAUCAAAUCAUGCAAUUGCGGUUCUGCUCGAUUUUGCCAAGGCCUAUGACUCUCUAUUCCGAGAAUUCUUGUAUGUGGCCUUCACGCGACAUGGAUAUCCGUCACAUUUCGUUCGCGUAAUUGAAGCUUUGCACACUGGAACAACAGUUAGAUUUUUAAUUAAUGGGAAAUCAUCGCGUCAGGUAAUGGUAACGCGCGGGAUUCGCCAAGGAUGUCCACUCGCUCCGGACCUCUUCAUUUUGGCCUUAGAACCAUUUUAUCAGAAACUGCAAAAACAAAGUGACAUUCGUGGAAUUCAAUUAGCAACAGACAACGAGUGCGAAGAGUUAAAAGUAGGUGGGUUUGCCGAUGAUACAGCAGCAUAUUUACUGGAUACUACAUACAUACCUGCCUUGUUGGACACAACCAAACGUUAUGGGCACGCAUCUGGAUUAGUGAUCAACGAAUCUAAGACCAUUAUAAUCGCCCUAGCUGCCAAGGACAUUAUGUCAUUCCCACAAUUACCAAAUGAUUUUCGUUACAAAGACGCUGGAGAAACAUCCAGAUACUUGGGCAUUCAGGUAGGAAACUCAAACACAAUAGAACAAAACUGGGAACUAGCCGAAGAACGCAUCAGAAAGCGUUUACGCUUGGCUAGACAGCGCACGCUCACCGCUAAUCAACGUUCAAUGGUGGUCUUAGCGGUUAUUAUCCCAGCUUUCCUGUAUGUUGGUCGUCACUCGUGGCCAACCACGUCUAUCGUCGGUCACUUAACAAAAUGUAUCCACAACUUCGUGUGGUUCGGAUGUUUUGAAGAAGAUCGUAUUCAAGGGCGCGCUUGGAUUUCAAACGACAUCGCCAGUCUUCCCCGAAAUGAGGGUGGUUUAGCACUACCGAAUUUAAGAGCUGAAUUACUUGCAAUGGCUGCUGUGGCCGUGACAACAUGGGCCCAAAAUUCGACCAAAACUCGCACAUUGGUAGGAGACAUACUGUUUUCGGGGGACUGUGCUUCACCAUUGCCGAUGAAGUACAUAACUCCUGGAUACGCACCAAGACCUAUUGCUGCGUUCAGUAAACGGACUAAUUUGUUUAGAGUGGGGGCAGAGAAGGUGUUGACGCACGGAUCCAAUGCUUUUGUUCAGGGAUAUGAGGAGGCAACAAUUGCGUUCCUUAAUGUGGUUGAACACAUCGUUCCCCCCACACUGGUUUGGGCGAGUGAUUCCGUUACAGUGGAUUGCCGCGUGUUGAUUGGGUCGGCAUCGGCAGCAUAUCGAAAGUUCCUUCGUACUCAUUAUGGGGAACUCAGAACCGAGUGGAUGGGGUAUAUGGAUAUUCGCUAUCUAGUUCGUCUACCAGAUGUAGGUGCCACUACAUCGGCAGUAUGGAUACACACAAUAAACGCAAUGACCGCAGCUCGAUUGAAUCAAAUCAUACAGUGGACAACACUAACGACGGGGGUAGUUCAGUUUACGGAUCUCUUGAACGGGACACUACCAGACAUCCGCCGACUGAUUGUCAUUCUGAUUGGAAAUUUUCCCGAAAUGAUGUAUCAGAUGCGCAAUUUGAACUAA